ACUGCUCUUUGGGACAGAGAUGUGCGCGUGCGCCUUGCGCCUUGUCCCAGGCAGGGGUGAUCAGAGCGCGCGUGUGAUACUGAUGCGUGGGAGAGUGUAGAGAAGUGUGUAGCACUGACGUGCCAAGCUAGGUCCUCAUAACGGUGACGCACAUUUGCAAGCAGCAUCAGUGGGACUCAGGCGAGCAGCGAGCAUUGGGCUGUUGCACCCAGCCGUUCGCAGAGCCGUGCCUAAGAUCCCUGCGGGGGCCAAGGGGCGCCACAGGUUGCGAAGAGCACGGAUGACGCUUGGCUCCCCGUGAGCCACAGGUGUGCGAGCAUCCUCAGGUGCUGCGGCCGGCCGGCCCUGGAACGCGCGUGGCCCCGGGGUGGCGCUGACAGGUGGGAUGACCGGGGCUGACCUGCUGGGCAGCGUCCUCUGGCGGGGCGCUGACGGCGUGACCGGGAUGAGGAGUCCGGGACGGAGCUGGCCAGUCUUGCUGCUGGUGUUGGAAUCUGUCUUCAACAUAGAAAUUGGUGAAUAAAGGAAGGCACCUCUGCUCUGCUGUGUACAGCCAGCCCCCGGCGUUCUAGAAGAGCGUGGUUCUGUCCAGAAUCCACAGUUCUUCCCAGAGGAAACGCCAGGAUAACAGACCCAGUCCUGAGAGUUGAGACCAUGGCCCACGUGGGGGAGUACUACAGGAAACUCUGCCAGCAGACUCUGCGCUACAUCCGGGCAUUUCUGAACCACCGGGAGCCCGGAGCGCAGGGCGUGCUGUCGUUCGCGGACGUGGCCCUGGUCUUCUCCCAGGAGGAGUGGGCGAGCCUGACCCCCGUCCAGAGGGACCUGUACUGGGACGUGAUGCUGGAGAACUACAACAACCUGGUGUCCCUGGAUUUGGAGCCAUCAUAUGCAGCUAAGAGUUUAGCUAUACAAAAGAGCUUUUAUAAAAUUAAUCUUCACAGAAGGAAUGCGCACCGGAGAAGCCAAUCCUGUCCCGCUAACAGAAUGUGUGGAGGUGAGUCUGAAAGAUCCCAAGGCCCUGGAGGGAGGAAUCUCGGCCGAGAGGGGAACUCCAGCCAGGCGGCAGCUAAGUCCCGCUGGGAGGGUCGCCCAGCCUCUCGGCCGCACAGGGAGAACGCCUACGAGUGCACCGACUGCGGGAAGGGCUUCAGCCGCAGCUACCAGUUGAGCCAGCACCAGAAGAUCCACACGGGCGAGAAGCCCUACGAGUGCAAGGACUGNNGCAAGGCCUUCCGCUGGGGCUCCAGCCUGGUCAUCCACAGGAGGAUCCACACAGGCGAGAAGCCCUACGAGUGCAAGGACUGCGGCAAGGCCUUCAGGCGGGGCGACGAGCUCACUCAGCACCUGCGCUUUCAUACCGGCGAGAAAGACUACGAGUGCAAGGACUGCGGCAAGACCUUCAGCCGCCUCUACAAGCUCAUCCAGCACAAGAGGAUCCACAGCGGCGAGAAGCCCUACGAGUGCAAGGACUGCGGGAAGGCCUUCAUCUGCGGCUCCAGCCUCAUCCAGCACAAGAGGGUCCACACCGGGGAGAAGCCCUUCGAGUGCCAGGAGUGCGGGAAGUCCUUCACCCGCGUCAACUACCUCACUCAGCACCAGAAGAUCCACACGGGCGAGAAGCCGCACGAGUGCAAGGAGUGCGGGAAGGCCUUCCGCUGGGCCUCCAGCCUCGUGAAGCACGAGCGCAUCCACACCGGGGAGAAGCCGUACAGGUGUGCCGAGUGCGGCAAGGGCUUCAACUGCGGCUACCACCUCACCCAGCACGAGCGCAUCCACACCGGCGAGACCCCGUUCAAGUGCAAGGAGUGUGGGAAGGCCUUCAUUUACGGCUCGAGCCUGGUGAAGCACGAGAGGAUCCACACCGGGGAGAAGCCGCACGAGUGCACCGACUGCGGGAAGGCCUUCAGCCACGGCCACCAACUCACGCAGCACCAGAAGACCCACACGGCGAAGCCUCACGUGUGCAAGGAGUGCGGGAAGGUGUGCAAGCACUCAAGCCACCUGAAGGGACAUCUGCGGGUGCAUAAGAAUUUGUAAGUCGGAGGAAAGAGUGUGCCAAAGCGUCCAUCCUCCAUUCCUUCCUUGGUUCCCCACCAGGAGGAAGUCAUGAUUUAAUUUCACACGAGAAAGCCUCCCCUGGUCCUCCUUACGCUUACAGACCACAGCAGUAACACGACAGGCAAACUUGCAGUGGAGAGGUCACUUUGCUUUAUGAUCACAACACGUCCAUGCUCACACUUUUACCAGAUAGGUUGGUUGAGUGAAUCAUAGCAGCCUACCAGUACCAUUCCAUCUUUGUCACAUUUCAGGUUCAUUCUAGGGAACAACCCAGCUAAAUAAUUCGAGGGGAAGCCUUUAAUCAUGGCGCAUACCCCACUGAGUAUCAGCAGCAUCCCACCCCUUUACUCCCUGUGAGACAAUGCCAGCACACUACCCGUUACCCCUGUGCAUCACAGAUGCACCUCAACAUACAGUAGGGUUACAUCCCGAUAAACCCAUCCUAUGUUGGAAAUACCAUUCAAAAAUGCGCUUAAUACACCUGACCAAACAUUGGCACCUAGCCCAGCAUACCCUAAAUGUGCCCAAAAUACUCCCAUUAUCCUGACCUGGGCAAAAUUGUGUAAAAGCCUAUUCAGUGAUCAAGUGCUGGAUGUCUCAUGUAAUUUAUUGAAUAUUGUACUGAAAGUGAAAAUCAGUGGCUAUGUGGUUACGCUUUCGCACCAUCGUAAGUUCAGAAGUCAGUGGUUGUGUGGGUUCGCUUUCGCACCAUCCUACAGUUCAGAACUCAGUGGCUGUAGGGUUCUAUUCGCAGCAUCAUAAAGUUCAAAGCUCAGCGGCUGUAGGGUUAUAUUCGCAGCAUCAUAAAGUUCAAAACUCAGUGGUUGUGUGGGUCUGCUCGUGCACCAUCCUAAAGUUGAAAAAUUGUAAGUUGAAACAUCUGUAACUUGAGACCAUCUGUGUCUGUAUAAUGUUCGUUAUGUGCACUGUCUGUUCUUUAUGAUAAUCAAAUCUACCUAUGACUGCUAUUGUGGACAUUAAACGUGUGUACAUGGAAACUCCUUGACAGUGGACCUGGAGUACUGUUGUCAGCUCAGUAAAGAGCACCUACUGUUGUUCUUGUGACCGUCACCAGCUAUUACCAGACUACCUGGGAGUGCAGUGAGUAGAAGAACAUCAGACUUCCCGGGGAAAGCACAGAUUACUGUCACUGUCUUCAGUUUGUCAAUCAUGACUUACUGCACAAAAGAUACUGAACACAAACGGUUACGUUAGACUUCAUCCAAAGCACAAAGCACACUGAUGAAAUGAUGCUACUAAGAUAAGCAGAAGGCAAGAAGUAGACCGGAAGAGAGGAGCUCUCCAUGCCCAGAUAACGAAGGACCCCUGAAGAAAGUACAAGGAAUCCCUCAAGUUACGAGGCAGCUGGAAAGAUAGAUGGCAGGAGAUGAAGCACUUUGCCAGAGAUCGCCAGGUGGCCAGUGAGCAAGUGAAGUGUGUUCAACACCAUUCCUCAUCAAAGUAAGACACAAUGGGAUGUCACUAGACAGCCACCAGAAUGGCAAAAAUUAAGAUCAUAACUAUAUGUCAUGUGUCUCACCACAAAAAAAAAUCAAGGGAAGGGAUGGAUGUUGGUUUGAUCUAGUCAUUCCACAUUGUACACAUGGAUAAAAUAUCAUGUUGUAUUCCAUUAAUGUAAUAUAAAAAGUAAAUAAAUGUAAUACAAUUAUUUGUCAAUUGAAAGUAUUAAUAAAUUUUUGAAAUCA